CACACCACACACAGACACACACACACCCACAAACACACACGCGUGCAGACUUCAUUGCAGACAGACGGCAGCAGAACACACGGAUCUCACCACGCUUUAACUUGUAGGAAACAGCAGAUAUAUAAGAGAGAGACUGUUGACCCCCUCGGCAUCAUCAUGGCAGCACCCAGCAUUUCUCACUCUGGAACAUCGGGCUCCAAUCUGGCCUUUGAGGAUUAUUCUCUCUACAGUAAUCUGAGUGAUGAUGAGCUGCUUCAACUCGCCAUCGAACGCAGUCUGACUGACACACACUGCAACACAGCCACCAACAACUCAACCAACACCAGCAGCACAACCAACACCAGCAGCAUCACCAGCUCCAGCAACACCACCAACAACACCAACAACGCAACCAACAGCGCAACCAACACCAACAGGCCUCCUCAUCACCGAGAAAACAGACCGAACCCUUCAGCCAAGAACACAAACCAACCCAGCUGCAGUGGUCACAAUCCUCCUCCUGCUGAAUCCACUGCACACUACAGUUCUCCAAAUCCUCCAAGUGAGGAGCCUCCGGACCCGAAAACGUUUGAAGGGACGAUCAGUCGUUUCAUGACAGGUUCUGGAAAGAGGAUGGUGGCAUAUCGCAGAACUGAUGGCAGUCUGGUCUACAUGGCUCCAGAACCUGAAGAAGAGGAGGAGCCUCUGUUCAAAGCGAUUCGUACAGGUGAUGCAAACAAAGUGAGAGCACUGGUGAUGGAUCAGAGAACAAACCUGAUGCUUCCCAGUAAACCAGGCUGGCUGGCGGUUCACCAGGCGGCAUGGUUCGGCCAGGACGCCAGUCUGCAUAUGCUGUUGUCAGCUCAGCCAGGGAUGGUCAACAAGAGGACAGCACGUGGUGAGACGCCGCUGCUGGUCGCUGUCAGCAAAGUGCAGCUGCAAUGUGCUCAAGUGCUGCUGGAAAACGGAGCCGACCCCGACAUCAUGAACUAUGAUAAAGAGACUCCACUCUACAAAGCCUGUGAGAGGAACAGCCCUGCAUUAGUUGCGUUGCUGCUGAACCACGGAGCAGCGACAAACACUCGCUGCAUUCAGGGUUGGACAGCUCUGCAGGAAGCUGUGGUUCGAAACAAUGUGGAGAUCUGUGAGAUGCUACUGAAGGCUGGAGCCAAACUCAACCUCACCAACAUGUACGGCAUCUCACCACUGUUCACUGCAGCUCAGACUGGGCAGCUCGCCACACUGCGCUUCCUUCUAAAACAUGGUGCAGACAUUAACAGUCAGGCAGCUGAUGGAGCCACAGCCCUGUAUGAAGCUGCUAAAAAUGGACAUGAGAAUAUUGUGGAGUUCCUGGUCUCCCAGAACGCUGACGCCAACAAACCUGGAAAGACAGGACUCUUACCACUUCACAUUGCCGCCCAAAGAGGAAGUGACACCAUCGUCUCCAUGUUGAUCCCAGCCACCAGUAAGGCCAGAAUCCGGCGGUGUGGCAUCAGCCCACUGCACCUGGCAGCUGAGCGUAACCGAGACGAUGUCCUCGAGACUCUGAUUGAGGCUGACUUUGAUGUCAAUGCUCAGUUGUCUGAGGAGCGCACAAAGCUAUAUGAAGACCGCCGCAGCACUGCGCUCUACUUCUCCGUCAUCAACAACAACAUUGAUGCAGUACGCAUGCUGCUUGCUGCUGGAGCCGACCCAAACCUGGACGUGUUUAGGCCGCUGAUGGUGGCAGCCAGGCUAGGUUGCAUCCAGACUAUCACCCUGCUGGUGGAGCAUGGCGCAGAUAUCAACGCUUGCAUCCCCACCCACCCCACCACCUUCCCUGCUGUCUACAUGUUCUCCAUGAAGUACCUGUCCAUGUUCAAGUACCUGCUGGACCACGGAGGUGACGCUCUCUCCUGCUUUGACUGUGUGUAUGGCAGUCAGACUCAUCCACCAAUCAAAACCACUCGAUCAGACAGAGAAGGGGUCCGCAGCACCGACCUGCCAGAAACACAGACGAAGAAGGGAAUUCAGUUCUGCGAGAUGAUCUCUGUUCCCAGUAUCUGUCGGUGGGCGGGACCAAUCAUUGACGUCCUAUUGGACUAUGUUGGUCAUGUGAGUCUCUGCUCUAGAUUGAUGGAACACCUUGACAGUUACCCAGAUUGGAGGAACAUCAAGGAGAAAGCAGCUCCUCCAAGGCCACUGCUGCAGCUCUGCAGGCUGCAAAUUCUGCAGCUGGUUGGACAUCGAAAAUUGAAGAAGUUACCAUUGCCUGGAAGUCUGAUUCGCUUCCUAAAACACCAGGAGAUGUCUCUUGAUGAUGAUUGAUUUUUACCCAGUUGAACCCGUUGACUGACUGAUGUGCACUGACUUCUGAUCUAUAAACGGAUCUAUAUGUUUCAGACAACUGAAGGAAAGUAUUGUGUUAUAUUUAAAAGUCAUUUAAAACCCAAGAGAAAGUAAACUCCAACUCAGUGGAAAAGGAAGCCAAGCAUUGAACUCUAAUCUUACAAGUUGAAGGACAGGGUAUUGUGGGUUUCAUGAACCAGUUGAGCCCACAUGUUGCUGGUUCUUCACUCUGUUGUUGCAGAUUAGCAAUAUCCUGCCAUGCUGAGUAUUUUCAAAGGCUAAACCCUCACUCCCUGCUUCACUAGAAGGCAAAUGGGCCCAAUUCACAUUCUUAAUGGUCCCUUAACUAUCGACAAAUCACAUGACUCGAGGUGUUAAUAUUGGUCAAACUUUAUUACAAAGGAUCCAAGACUGCAUUAUAAGAACCUGAUAAGUGGCAGGGUUGUAGACCCCUUCCUCUGUUUGGAGAUGACUGUCCAGCUCAAAAUAGAAAGUUGUCCUCACUCCUCUAUCAGACCAUCUGUAUUUUUUCUCCAGAGUGUGAAAAUUGCUGUCCUCAAAGGAUUGACCUUUAUCCUUUCGAUACAGAUUGACUGCUAAGUGUUUUCCUGAGGAGCUGGCUCUACUGUGUUGAGCCAUGUGCUUGUGGACUGGUUGUUUAGUCUCGUUUAUAUAUAGGUGUGUGUACUCCUCUCUGCAUUGGACUGCUUAUAAAAUGUUCCCCUCUAUGCUAGUAUGAAAUGAAAAGGCUUUCUGGAAGAGGUAAAAUGUUCUCAAGACCCUAAAAGAAAAAUCCAGCUGCCUUCUAAUGAAAAACUCAGGAUUACCAUGAUGUGGAUGACUGUCAAUCUACACAGGCAAAUAAUCUCACUGUUUCAUUGCCCUGAUGAUGCUAAAGCUUUUGUUCAUGACGUCCUCAAGACAUCUCCAUAACUCCAUGUGUGAGAAAAGGUUAUAAGUCUUUCAUUCUUCUCCAUUUAGGUAUGAUAUUUCUUGUCUCUAAUGUUAAUUUGUUUUAGUGGUGAAGCAUGCCUUUGAUUUGUUGGAAGUUAGAAAAACUUGUUGCUUCUGCAGCAUGUUCUUAAAGUAGUCUAUGCUGUGUGAAGAUGUUUAUUUGUUUGCCAUAAGCUGUAAGGACUCAAAGUACAGUGACCUGUUGUAAAGUCUUUCUUUUAUUCCUGAUUUAUACUGAAGUAUGAUUUCAUUUUGUUCUUUCAUACUAUGGACUUACAGCUGAUUGUGACCUUUAAAUGUUGUAUGUUAUUAUUCUCCAUCAAUCAGGAGAAAUUUAAUUCAAUUUAAUGAUGUAACCACACCGUCCACCUUUUUUGUAAUCUCCUGGUCUUUAUAUGUAUAUAGGACAUGGUUACACUGCUGAAUGUUUGUAUCAUAUUCUUCUGAAUAUUACGAACUUACUUCCUAUAACUGAUCUCUUAAGCGUUUGUUUAUAUUAAACCUAGUGUAGCUGCACUUUGUGAGACACGGCUGAAUAGUGAUAUCCCUGAUAAUGAAAUUAAACUUGGCUUUGUUUUGCACAGAGCAGGUAGGGUCAUGGAGGAGUGGCUACAUACAGUAUGCCCCUGCAUAUUUGUCUUCAAUUCUUGUUAUACCAAAGAAUAACACUAUGUAUUUGAAUGUCUGUUAAAAUAAAUUUUCAUUGAAGAAACAAAUAACCAAAAGAAAGUUUAUUUUGUCUUCUAUUAACUCUCUACAUCAUCCAAAUAAAUUGAUUAUUCUGGGUGAUUUAACAAGAAUUGGCCAGAUUAUCUUUCAGUGAUCAAAAUCUAUAUAGAGGAUAAACACUGUUCAACUUGUAAGUGAGCCAAGAGUUGAUUACAGGCCUAAGCUCUUGUUGGAUUUUAUUCUUGUCAAUCAUCCUGAUAGAAUUCCGAAAUUUGUCUCAGUGACCACUUCAUAAUUUUUUGUGUUUGAGAGAUUAAAAUACCUUUUUUUCGACAAGAAGUGCUGAAAUGAGACAAUGUAAUAAUGCAUAUGAUAUAAUAUUGCUCUAUUACACACACACAUCUCUGUUUUAAGUCAUACUGAAUUGUUUUUUCUUUGUUCCCAGGAUUUCUAAUCAAACCGAGUGAUGUGCAGUCUGACUGCAACAACCUGCUCAGCUGAUCUCUUUCUACUUAUCUUCAAGCAACCUGCUCCUACAUACUCGUACUAUAGUUUAUCUCUGAUUUGUAGUUACAUGUUAUUUUAUGCACACUAUAUAGCUUUGUAUGUGUAAAUGUACUGUAUGUAUUUUGGCAUUUUAGGCGAACUAGUGGGUAUAGGAGAAUCUUGGCUCUGAAGAGCUUUUUUCUGUGAAUGCAUAAGAAUAAUUGUGCUGUUUUGCCUUCUGUAUGACAUUUUUUUACACUUCUGUGAAGAAACCCCUUUGAAAACAUGAUGGUUCACCUCAAAGGGUUUAUCCUUCUAAUAAAAUGUAUUUAUUUUCUUUCUUAUUGGCAUCUGAUGACACCAAAAUACAGUUAGUGAUGUAAAGAUACUGCUUUGUGAAAUAUUCUGCUAGAAGUAAAAGUACUGUAGUCUUCCAAAAAGCUGCAGCUAUAUGAUCAUGAAAAUAUAGUUCCAGUGGUGUCAGUAAAAGGUGUUUUUAUUUAAGAAAAGAGUUGAAUAAAUAAACAAUGAAUGUCAGAGUUAAAUAAAUAUUAAAAAUACAUAUAUGUCUGUGUGAGUCCUACAAACAAUGAAACAUGCUUCACUCUGUCUUUAUUGUUUAUAAAUGAGCUUGUUGUAGAAAUGACUCUGAGUUCAAAAAUUAUAGCGUCAAGCUUAAAAAAAUCUUACAAGUAUUAAAACAUCUGUUGAUUUUA